GGAAUAUGCUGUCCCAUGGCGCCACUUGGCCGCAUGCAACCUUCCCUUUCCAUUGCUUUCCUGCCACGUCUAUUGGUUGCUACUACGUGGUCCUGUUCCUUUGCAUUGUCCCAUUUCUGCUUUCUUAACACAGUUUGGACGUGGGAAAGUUUACAAGUAAAAAAGAUGAAGAUCUUUCAUGUCCCUUGCUUGGAAGAUAACUUCGCCUGCCUGAUAAUCGAUGAGAGCAAUAAAGAAGCAGCGGUGGUGGAUCCCGUCAAGCCCAAUAAGAUUCUUCAAGUUGCCAAUCAGCACCACGCCAACAUCAAUCACACCAAAGGCCAUAUCAGUUAUUUUGUGACGGGCAAAGAGGGAGAGGAUCCAGCAGUUUUCACUGGUGACACUCUAUUUAUUGCUGGUUGUGGGAAAUUUGUUGAAGGCACAGCGGAACAGAUGUAUCGAUCGCUUUGUCAAACAUUGGGUUCAUUGCCAAAGCCUACUCAAGUCUACUGUGGUCAUGAGUACACAGUCAAGAACUUGCAGUUUGCUCUGACAGUUGAACUGGACAAUGUAAAGAAACAGCAGAAACUAUCAUGGGCUCAGCAAAAGCGGCAAGCAGGGCUGCCUACCAUCCCCUCAAGUUUUGAGGAAGAGUGGGAGACAAAUCCGUUCUUGCGUGUGGAUCUUCCAGAUCUUCAGGCAAGGGUGGGUUGCAAGUCUCCAGUAGAAACUCUUCAGAAGACAAGGCAGUUGAAGGACAACUGGAGAGGCUAGAUUAAUAUGCUUCAUUUUCCUUUUUCUUUCACCGAGCGCACCAGAAAAUGAAAAGUUGGUAGCUGUAUGAAAUUUAGAUUAUGGCAAUAUGUUGCUUUGCUUGGAUUGCAGUCUUAAGUUGACAUGUAUUCCCGCCAGCGCUGCUUGAGGAGGAGUCGGUGACUACCUGCAGAUACUUCCAUGUUUUUCACAUGGAAUGACUUGAAAGACUUUUGAAUAAUUU